GCUCCCUGCCGAUCAAGCGCACUCAGAGUCUCAGAGCCACCCACCCCAGUUACACGCACCGCCACCAGCGACCCUUGCUGCACCGCCAUCGCCGGACUUGAGGGCUCUUCCGGUCCUCGUCGGCGAGCAAGAAAGAAAGAAAGAAAGAAGAUCCGCGGCGUAACAUGAGACCUGAUACUCCUUGGAUUGUCGGCUUCGCCACUGUCAUAGUUGGCUGGUUCGCGAGCCCCAUCUUAAGCUAUUAUGUUCCCAAGAUCCUGUCCGUAAUCGGCUUGGGCACGUCCAAAAGGCUCUCAGAUCUGGAGAUCCGCACCAUCCCGAACCUUAAGAAGACGCUGCGUGACGUAGAUCAAGAGAGGAUGAUGAACAGAGAAGGCAAAUUGCAAUCUGAUGUGGAGGCGCUUGACAAGAAGGCGUCCAUGCUGAGGCACGCGCUGGAGGAUGCGGAAGACAUCUCCGAUGAUCACCAGGAGAUCGAGUCAUACCGCAACAAGUUAUGGCAGCGCUUCUGCAGCGGACUGAAAAUCAGCUGGGGGUGGACUGUACACACCGUCUGGAGCGGAUGCGCUUGGCUAUGGCGGUGGGUCCGGAACAUGUCUGUCCGUCUCUCGGAGGUGACUGCCAGUGCGGUGGCCACCUGUCUUGUUAGCUGCAUGCCGGUUACACAAAUCGCCCGGCGUGGAUUUUCCAGCUUAUGCCGGUGGGCGCGAAAGAUAUACAUAGUGUCACGACUUCCUACGACCACCAAUAAUGUUGGCCGCUGUUCUCACUUCCUAGAUAUUGGCAUUACUCACUUCAACAUGAGCUGCAUGUGGAUUGCUUCCUCGGGGCCAUGGCUCUCUGGUCGGUGGACUUCCAUACGCAAAUGGAUAGUUGAUACAUUCGAGGCCGUCCGUACUGUCCGAGACGAGGUCUGUGAGGGUAUUGGCUUCACAAGUCACAAGGUACGUAAUGAUGCACACUCAGUUCCAAAUAUACAACUUUAUAAAAUUGGCCCCAUAUUACAUUUAGUUUAA